UAGUUCUUUUUCUUCUUCCUCUUCUUUUUCUUUGUGCGUCUUCCUGUUUUUCCUCCUCCUCUUUUUCUUUUUCCUGGUCCUCUUUUUUCCCUCCUCCUCUCUCUCCUUUGCUGCUCCUUUCUCUUUCUCCUCCUCUUUUUCCUCUUCGUCCACCUUCUUCAUGCUCUUCUAUUCUUUUCUCUCCUUCUUAUUCCCUACUCCUCUUUUUCCUCCUCCCUCUUCCUUCCUUCUUCCUCCUCAUCCUUCAUCCUCUUUCCUCCUCACAAUCUCCCUCUUCUUCCUCUUCCUCCUCCUACCUUCUUAUCCUUCCUCUUGUUCCUCGUCUUCCACCUUCUCUUUCCUCCUCGUCCGUCUUCCUCUUCAUCCUCCUUUUUUCUUUUCCCUGCUUUUCUGCCUUCUUCUUUCUCAUCCUUAUUUUUCCUCCCUCUCCUCUUCCUCCUUGUCCUUCUUGUUCAGCCUCCUUUCUCUUUUGCCUGCUAUCUCUUCCUUCUUCUUCCUCUUCUUUUCCUCCUUCUUCCCGUUCCUGUUCCUGUCCAGGUGCGGUUCAGUGUUGCGGAGAUGAAGAUCAGCGGCGGCGGCGGCGGUUGUCGCGACGUGUCGUCGUUGCUGAGCGUUUGGGAAUGUCACGUCAAGAAACAUCGGCAACGUCAGAAGAAAGAACAGGAAAGGAAGGACAGGAGCGCCCUCACCAGGAUCGAACAACAGUGGCAAUAUCGCCUCUACUGCAGGACGCGCGACACGCGACAACGCAACGUGUUCGACAACAGCCUGAACACAUCGACGCACAACACACACUCAGUUGAGCGUCUUGCUGGAGAAGGUCCAGAAGGGAAAGUUUUGGAUGGUCCCGACGCCUUGUUGUUCCGUCUGUCCGGUGAGCGGUGGCAGGAUUUCCCAGGUGAUCUUCAGUGGAAGACGUUUCUGCUUGAGUGGCACGUGAGCGGCACCAAAAUCCAGAAGCUUCCGGACUACUUGGCGUCCUUCAGUCUCGUGAGGGUGCUGCACCUCGCCAAGAACAAACUGGAGGAGCUGCCCCCUGACAUCGGAAAGCUGCUGGAGUUGCGCGAGCUGAACGUUAGCUACAACCGUCUGUCGGCCGUUCCCGCCCAACUCGGGAUGUGCCACAACCUGGAACGGCUGGAACUUGCCGGAAAUCGCAACCUGUCCGAGCUGCCUUUUGAGCUGAGCUCUCUGAAGCGUCUGGCUCAUUUGGACAUCGCCGAGAACGGCUUCGCGUCAAUCCCCGUGUGCGCUUUGCGGAUGAGCGCCCUGCGGUUUCUCGACCUCAGCGACAACCGACUCAGCGACCUGCCACAGGACAUGGACAGGCUGCAUUCGCUGGUGACGCUGUUCCUGCACAACAAUCGGCUUUCGUACCUUCCUCAAUGCCUCACCAACAUCGCCACGCUCAAGAUGGUCGUCGUCAGCGGCGACCAUCUCGUUUGCGUACCCACGCAACUUUGCAGCAGCCCCAACAUCAAGUUCAUCCGCCUGUACGCCAGCCCGGCCAGCGACGACAAGAUGACAAAGACGACGAAGGCCGACGUGAGGGGGAAGCGAAGAGGAAGACGGGCAGGACGACAGGAAGAGGCCGACGAAGAGGAGACGAAGGACAGCAGGGAGAAAGAAUUCAUGGCCGCUUACGUCAGCACACUCAAGGACAGAGAGGAAGUGCCCUACUCCACCACCAAAGUCAACAUUUCCUGUCUGCUCUGACCCCGCCCCCUGAGAGGCGCCAACGCUAACCCCGAAUCUGAUUGGAUCACGAAGACAUCCAAAACAUUCUCACUCACAAUGCAAUUUGUUUUUAAUUCAUAUUCAUAAUCAUAAUAAUAAUCUCUACUUCAGGUA